AGUGAGCUCAGUGGUGUGUGGUAGACUGAGGUGGUGUGCUCUGCCAGUCAGGCGGCUAGCGUCGCUCAUGUCGGGAGUGUAUCUCGCUGCGCUCACCCAACCCGACACGCCCUCGCUCACUUUUCCAGUUCUCAGUUUCGUUCCUCAAUUAUUAAAUAAUGUUGCUUGGUGUGCUUUUCAUAUUCUCAGUAAGAAAUUGCUUAAGAAAUGUUUAGGAACAAAGGUGAGAUAAUAUAGUUACUGUUGCUCUCUGAAGACUGACCCCACACCACAUUAUCUCUACUUAGAUACCACCUAUGUAAGACAUCAUGGAGCAUCAUUCUCAAUCCUAAGAUGGAAAUGAUGAUAGCUUCAAUUGUCGAAAUAUUGUACACAGAGGAGAGAGCGGCGUCAUGCUGAUGCAUGGCAGCUAUAACCACGUGAAACCACAGAGAAUUAUCCGGUUGUGUUCCUAUACCAGGUGUGUUGACGUGAGGGAGGGCAGCAGGGGUGAAAGUGGCCACAGAGGAAGACUUAUUCAAGAGCACAAGAAAACGAUGGUAUCCGGGCUCCGGGCUGCCGCGUAUCAUCCAACGCUGCCUCCAGAGAUAGCUACAGAUGCUGCAAUCUAUGUUGCUGUGAUCGUGGUGUUCUAUGCGGCCAUCAUUCUGCUGUUGGUGGGAACCAAUCUGCACCGUCUCCGCCGCAGACGCCGCAGCCACUUUCAGCAACCUCACCAUCAGCAGCGCCAACAGAAGCCAAAGCAGCAGCAGCAGCAGCAGCAACAAGUACAAGAACAACAACAGCAGCAGCAGCAGCAGCAGCAACAACAGCAGCAGCAGCAAUGUGCACAUGCACUGGUGCGACCCGUCAAUACAACCACAACUGCCAUAAAUACCACAUGUUCCUCUGCCUUCAGCAGUUCUACCAACAGCUGCGCCACGACAGCUAUACUUACUCAUAAAGACAGUUGGGGUAACAAAGGGGACGCAGUGGUUGUGUAAUGCCGGACUGACAGUAGGAGGGGAAGGGAGGGGGUGGGGGUAGUGCGCCACUGGACGGAAAGGAAUGCGGGUAAAAAAUAACAGAGGCACAAUACCUUGACUGGUACAAUACACAAAUAACCCGCACAUAAGAAAUGGGAGCUUAUGACGACGUUUCGGUCCGACUUGGAUCAUUUACAAAGUCUGACUUUGUAAAUGGUACAAGUCUAACCGAAACAUCGUCGUAAGCUCCCCUCUCCUAUGUGCAGCUUAUUUGCGUAUGGAAUGCAGGUGACGAGUGCAAGAAAAGUAAGAAAAUAUUAAGAUAAGAAAAUUAUACCACUGCACUGUUGUGGCUGCUAGUAGAACAUCAUCUUACCUAGGAAAGUCGUAAGCUUACUAUUCAAUGCAACAAGAAAGGCUGCUAGAGUAAUAAUAGAACAAACAUUUUCAAGAAUCGUGUGAAGAAUAUAUUGGCAACAAUAGGCAUGUGAUAAACUGUGGACCGGUCGAAAUAGCUCUGUUCUGGUAUUUGUGAUAGUGAUGAGGAACCUUUAUGUUCAGAAAAUAUCAGGUCAGUUCGACCACACAAAAUUACUACAAAUUAAGUUUCCUUCAUAUGAUAUAAGAUAUGGUAAUAUAAGAUACGGUAAUGAGAAUAUAAGAUACGGUAAUGAGAAUAUAAGAUACGGUAAUGAGAAUAUAAGAUACGGUAAUGAGAAUAUAAAUACGGUAAUGAGAAUAUAAGAUACGGUAAUGAGAAUAUAAGAUACGGUAAUGAGAAUAUAAGAUACGGUAAUGAGAAUAUAAGAUACGGUAAUGAGAAUAUAAGAUACGGUAAUGAGAAUGUAAGAUACGGUAAUGAGAAUGUAAGAUACGGUAAUGAGAAUGUAAGAUACGGUAAUGAGAAUAUAAGAUACGGUAAUGAGAAUAUAAGAUACGGUAAUGAGAAUAUAAGAUACGGUAAUGAGAAUAUAAGAUACGGUAAUGAGAAUAUACGAUACGGUAAUGAGAAUAUACGAUACGGUAAUGAGAAUAUACGAUACGGUAAUGAGAAUAUACGAUACGGUAAUGAGAAUAUACGAUACGGUAAUGAGAAUAUACGAUACGGUAAUGAGAAUUGCACAUUGCUCCAGCAGAGGAACAAUUUGCAUACUUGACAAGUUACUGUGGAGGAACUUUAUUUGCCUCGCUUCAUCAGUUCAUUAGAAACAAAGGAAAAGGGAAUAAUCACAGUGUAGGUUGAGACGACGAUGCAAAAGACUAGAAACAGUCAACUCAUACUAGAAAUAUGAUACUGAAAGAAAAAGACCGCGGGAAGUAGGAUAAAAUGCAAGAAAAUGAUUUAAAAUGGAUGAAAAUAAUGAUUAAAAUAAAGAGUGCAUAAUAUUUAUAGUUUGGCACGGCCUUUUGCAUUUGUUUUCACAGUCAAAUGAGCACAACGUUUCUCUUCUCUAUACAUUUUUAAGUAUAUUGGCAAUUAAUAUUAACAUGCAAACGUUAGAAAGAGAUAAAAGUAAUAUUCACAAUAAAGAUGAAUUGUCUCUUAACUGUAGAAGAAAUUCGAGUAUCGAACUUGAGUGAAAAACCACGUCGAAGUUGACAAGAAAUUAUUGAGUGGCGAGGACACAGUGACACCCACAGAUACAUUCUAAGCUGUAAAUACAAAUGUUCCUAUUAGUCAUGGCUAUAUAUCCAAUUAUUAUUGCAGUUCAGCAAUGUUAAAAGCCUCCAGUGGUGACUUUGGCAGUAAUAAGUGUUGACAGUGAUUUUGUAUGUGACGAUUUCUUGACAACACCAGAGUAAACAGCAUAGUAGCAACGAAUAAUUAAAAUGAAUUUAUAUUAUUUUUACCUCAAAAGAUAGUCAACUGUGUGUGGGUUAAACAGCUCUGGUUAUUACAGUGAAAAAAUGUAUUUGCAUUUCUCCCGACUGCGAUAGUGAAGUUGCUAGAAACAUUGUGUUAUUCUUGAAAAUGAAGUUUCAUGACUGGAGAUACCCUCAAUCACUGUGCAAAUAUAAACAGUGAGUCCUACUGGUGUUGUUGUAUCGAACAACAGUAUCAGGGAUGCACUACAAACAGACGUGUGAAAUACUUGCCAAGAACAGCGAGGAGUUAAGCAGGAUUUACGACGAAACUUUCUUCACAUUGCAAUGUGUGGCUGGCAGUGAUGGGCGAGACUUGUGGCACUGUGGGAAUAGUGAGCUAAACGAACAAAGCAAAAAUAUAUUUUCCCGGAAGCUCUAUACCUGUGGGGGACAUUCUGAAGAAGAUAAUUGUGCUGAGAGCUCGAUCCUCUUCAUAGGGAAUGAACCCGUAAGAAUAGAUUGUGACAAUCCGGUCGCAGUUGGUGAUACCAAGAUCAUUUAUUUACUUGUGAUGAUACACCAUCGGUGAAAAUAGUUUUGUUUACCACCUUUACCACUGGUACAAGCAGGAUUUUUUUAUAGUAUUUUGAAUAUAUUCACAUUUAACGCUAAUUAAUUAUGUUGUAAUAUUUCAUAACGAAUUGAGAAUUAUACUGAAGAAAACUAAUGUCAUUAAGCGACUACAUCUGCGUUUUAGGUUUAUUUUAAAUGGGAAAGCGCUAAACACGGUGGAGAUCACAGUGUCAGGAAUGGGAAAUGAGAUGCAGCGAGGUUGUAUUCAAGGAAAUCGAGAUUAGGUGCAGGUCCCUGCAUCAGUAGCCUUCACCACCGUCAAGACUCCUGUCUGGAGGGUCGUAUCAAGAGGAACAUUGAUUGCCAGUACGACAAUACCCUAAGAAAUUAUGUAGUGAGAGAACUUCAAAGCUCGAUCAUGCUGAAAAAGUUUAGGGUAUCCCUAAAUCAAAUCUAGUGUGUCCUUUGAUCAAAGUUAGGGUGUCCCUUGAUCAGACAAAGUUAGGGUUUUAAUUGAUUAGACAAAGUUAGGGUGUUCCUCGAUUGGAUAGGGUGUCCCUUCAUCAGAAAGUUAUUGCUUAUCUUGAUGAAAAAUAAAGUGUGUGUUGCUGAGACAAAGGUAGGGUGUCCCUUAAUGAAACAGCUUGUCUCUUACUGAGACUUUAGGGUGUCCCUUGCUGAGAAAAAGUUAGGGUGCCCAUACUGAAUCAAAGAUGGCCUGUUCUUAAUUGAGGUUAGGUUGUUCCUAAUAGGGGCAAAGUUAGCGUGUGUCUUACUGGGGCAAAUUAAGGUGUCUCUUGCUAAAACAACAUCAGGGAGUUCCAUGCUCGGAUAAAGCUACGGAGUCUUUAGCUGAGAAAGUUGAUGAGUCAUCCUUCUGGGACAAUUUUAGCUGCCUCAUCAAGGGACAAAUAUAGGAGGAUGUUCCUUGUUGGUACAAACUUAAAGUGUACCUUACUGGGACAAAGUUAGGAAAUCCUAUGCAGGGAUAAAGUUAGGGUGUACCUUAAAGCCUGCUGUGCUGAGAGAAGUGAAGUGAAUAUUUAUUAUAGUAAUAAUAGGGAAACGUUAAACCCGUAGGGAUUUGGAAGAUUAUGCGGAAUGGGAGGCUAUCAGGCUCGACCAAAGGAAGGAAUUUAUAGGAGAGCCUCACUAAGUCAGAGGCCUCGCACUAGCUGGAGGGAACUUACCCUCAAAGGUCAGCAACAUGAGAAAAUUGUGUAGUCUUUAGUGUGGAGGUAUACACGCAUACUUGUUUGUUUUGGUGCUGUGUGUGUGUGUGGGUGUGUGUGUGUGUGUGUGUGUGUGUGUGUGUGUGUGUGUGUGUGUGAAAGAGA